UUCCCUUCCCCAGGGCCCUCCAUGGAGCUGCCGGCCGCAGGGAGCCGGCUGCUGCCCGCGGGGCUGGGAGCCCGCAGCCCUCCUCCCUCCGCCCCGACCAAGCCCUGAAGCCGCCUCCUUUGUGCACCGGGGCGGGUGGGAGCUCUCGGGGCCCCCCCUUCCCUUCCUCUGCUCCCCCCCGCGGCUCGGCGGGGACGGGGAAGCGGCAGAGAUGCUGCCCUGGCCGCAGGAGCGAGGAGCAGCGCCCAGCACCAUCCGAUGCUGAUGCCCCCCCAGGACUUUGCCGGACCCCCUCUCCCAUCCCAGGGCUCCCACCCCACCAUGCCCCAGCGGAGCCGUGGCCCCACCAUCCGGGCUUCCCCGAUCCAUCCCACGUGCCACCCGUCCAUCUGUCCCACACCAUGAGCGGGGCCGCACAGUUCCCCUGCGUCGGGGUGCGUAGCUGAGGGAUGGCCUCGCUGGACCUGCCCUACCGGUGUCCGCGGUGCGGGGAGCACAAGCGUUUCCGCAGCCUCUCCUCGCUGCGGGCGCACCUGGAGUACAACCACACCUAUGAGACCCUCUACGUCCUCUCCAAGACCAACAGCAUCUGCGAUGCCGCCGUCUUCCCCCUGGCCGCCGACGGGGCCCUGCUGACGCCGGCCGCCCGGCGGGACUACUUUGAGAGCACCUCCUUCCAAGGCAAGGAGCAGCGCUUCUCCUGCGACCUCGUCCCUGCCGAGGAGCUGGAGCCGGCCCCGUCCUCCUCCCCCUCGCCCCGCUAUGUCCAUGAGAUCGAGAUCCCGCUGACCGAGAUCUUCACCCGGGGCAAAGCCGUGGCGCCGGCCCCCACGCCGCCGGCCGCUAUGGACGCUGCCUACGAGGAAGGCCUGGCCCGCCUGAAGAUCCGUGCCUUCGAGAAGCUGGAGGUGGACAAGCGGCUGGAGAAGCUGACGGAGGAGGUGGAGCAGAAGAUCGCCUCGCAGGUCGGCCGGCUCCAGGUGGAGCUGGACCGCAAGAGCUCGGAGCUGGAGAAAGCCAAGCAGGAGAGCCUGCGGCUCAGCCGGGAGAAGCAGGAGCUGGAGGACCGGGCGUCCGAGCUGUCCCGCCAGGUAGACGUCAGCGUGGAGAUGCUGGCCUCGCUCAAGCAGGACCUGGUGCAGAAGGAGCAGGAGCUCACCCGCAAGCAGCAGGAGGUGCUGCAGAUCGACCAGUUCCUGAAGGAGACGGCCGCCCGCGAGGCCAACGCCAAGGUGCGCCUCCAGCACUUCAUCGAGGAGCUGCUGGACCGUGCGGACCGCGCCGAGAAGCAGCUCCAGAUCAUCAGCAGCAGCUGCGGCACCACCCCGAACGGCAGCCUGGGGCGCUGCGGCACGCCGGGCGCCAAGGCCAUCGGCCGACCGGUACCGGCGCGGGCACAGAGAGAGAGGCACCCAGGGCCGGGGACGGCCGUGCACGGCCCCUACGCCAUUCCCAACCAGCGCUCCUCCUCCAGCACCGGGGCCUCGAGCAGGGCGAAAGCGGUGUCGCAGAGCUCGGGCUGCUACGACAGCGACAGCGCGGAGCCGUGCCCCACCGACGACACCGCCGACGGGCACCCCUACGCUGCACGGGACGGCGGCCGGGGCUCAGGGCUGCGGCGCCAGGCCAUCCAAAAUUGGCACCGCCGGCCCUACCGCAACAGCACCGAGGGCGAGGAGGGCGACGUCUCCGACGUGGGGUCCCGCACCACCGAGUCGGAGGCUGAGGGCUGGGACCCGGAGGUGCCCGGCAUCGCCGCAUCCCGGCCCCCCGGCAGCUGCCGGCUGACCGCCAGGUCCGAGGGGGCCAUGUGCAAGGGGGGCCGGCUGGAGAGGGGCAGCCCUGUCCACUCCAGCGAGGUGAUCAGCCCCGAGAUCCUCAAGAUGAGGGCAGCGCUCUUCUGCAUCUUCACCUACCUGGACACCAAGACCCUGCUGCGGGCGGCCGAGGUGUGCAAGGACUGGAAGUUCGUGGCCCGGCACCCGGCCGUGUGGACACGGGUGCUGCUGGAGAAUGCCAGGGUCUCCUCCAAGUUCCUGGCCAUGCUGUCCCAGUGGUGCACCCAGAUGCACUCCCUCACCCUCCAAAACCUCAAGCCACGCCAGCGGGGGAAGAAGGAGAGCAAGGAGGACUACAUGAAGAGCACGCGGGGCUGCCUGGAAGCCGGGCUGGAGUCCCUGCUGAAGGCCACGGGCAGCAACCUGCUCAUCCUCCGCAUCUCGCACUGCCCCAACGUGCUGACCGACCGCUCGCUCUGGCUGGCCAGCUGCUACUGCCGGGCCCUGCAGGCCGUCACCUACCGGAGCUCUACGGACCCCGUGGGUCACGAAGUCAUCUGGGCCCUCGGAGCAGGCUGCAGGGACAUCAUCUCUCUCCAGGUCGCACCUCUGCACCCGUGCCAGCAGCCAACACGUUUCAGCAACCGCUGCCUUCAGAUGAUCGGCCGGUGCUGGCCGCACCUGCGGGCGCUGGGCAUCGGAGGGGCAGGCUGUGGUGUCCAGGGACUGGCCUCCUUAGCCCGAAACUGCAUGCGGCUGCAGGUCCUGGAGCUGGACCACGUGGCAGAGAUCAACCAGGAGGUCGCAGCUGAGAUGUGUCGCGAGGGGCUGAAGGGGCUGGAGAUGCUGGUGCUGACCUCCACGCCGGUCACCCCCAAAGCCCUGCUGCACUUCAACAGUGUGUGCCGGAACCUGAAGUCCAUCGUCGUGCAGGUGGGCAUUGUGGACUACUUCAAGGAACCCCACAGCCCUGAGGCCAAGAAGAUGUUUGAAGAAAUGGUGAACAAGCUUCAGGCCCUGAGGAAAAGACCCGGCUUCUCCAAGAUCUUACACAUCAAGGUGGAAGGAGGCUGCUAGACCUUCAGGGAACCACCAAGCACAUUCCCUCUCCUGCCCGGCGGAGCCAGAGGCCCCGCACAACCGAACCCAAGCCCACCGCGCUCCUGGAGCCCGGAGACGCUGGCCCAUGCACAAAAACCCAAAACUCUCCAGGCCUUAGUGAGCAGCCCGUGCUCGCCCUGGGGCCAGCUCCACAGACGUGUGGCGGGCCAGAAGGUGCUACUUAGGGGAAUUUUUCAGCUGCCCAAAGGGGCAGGCCCGUGCUGUUUCCCUGAAGGGAAGACGGCUUCGAACCCCACGGCUGCUCAUCGCCAAGGAUCCUUGUUUGGGGGAUGUCUUUUUCUUUGAACUCUCUUUCUUUGGGGGUUGUUUUUUCAGUUUGGUUUUUGGCCACUUGCUGGUGUGGGAGCUGAGGAUGGCUCAGGCCACCCCCGUGGGCUCUUUGCAGAGCACUGGGCCCAGUGUGUCACCACCAGACUGUCCUGUCCCCUCCGUGGGCUGGUGGAGGAGGGCUGGGAAGGGCCUUUCCUCCUCAGGAAGCAGUGCCCAGCCUUCCUGCGGGGUUUCUGCUCACUUUCAUCACAUUUCUGUGACAGAAAGCCCGAAGGUGGGUAAAAGCUGCCCAGAAUCCAGCAGCCACGACAGCACAAGCACAGCACAGCUGCGUCUGGGGGCUGCAGGAGCCAGAGGACACCAGGAGAAGGCCGCUCGUCCAGAGGCCUCCAGCCUCGCCCCACCUCACACACACACACCCAUCCCUCCCUGCCAAGGCAAUAAACCAGCCCCAAGGUCCUCGCCCACCAGGAAACACGGGUCAUGCUCCCAUCCCCACCGGUGCUGACCACCCGCUCAGGCUCCUUCUGGAGCCAGUUGUCCUGUGUGGAGAGAGGGACUGGCACGGGACACCCACAUCUGUCGUCUCCUCGCCAUCCCCAGCAGCCCGAAGGAGAAACCCAGGCCAAAUCAUCCUGAAAUCCAAAGCAGCUGGAGGAAGCACCAGCCCAACCACCCUGGUAGAGCCCAUAUCUCUGUCCACUGCUUCUUUUAUAAUUCUGCUUUUGCUCCUCUGGCUAUCUCCUUCCUGCGACCUCGUCAGCCACCAAACACCCUUCUUUUUCCAAAGGAGAAGGUUCUUGAAAGGCUUCCAGCAGGGUCAGGCAUCUCCGUCCUCAGCCCUGGAGAGAAGACCCCAGGGGACCCCCAUCACAGCACUGCCCGCAGCAGGGACCUGGUGCCCUUAUCCACGGCCCCAACCAGGCGUGCUUGGACCCCACGCCUUAUGCCGAGAGGAGCCGACUGGGAAGAGCAGAUUUGGGGAGGGAUUUGUCUUCUUCUGGGCCAUCUUUGAAGGUUUUGGUGCCUGUUGGUCAAUGGGGCCACCUGUGGUGCGUGCGGGGCUGAGAAGAGUCGGCUCUUCCCGGAGCAUCUCCCCUUCCUCCAGCCCUGCCAGGGUGCUGGGCUGCCACCAAGCGUCCCCUUGGGAUGGAGGAGACCGCAGGCCCGUCCCUGUACACCUUCCCCACCCACAUCACUGACCUCAGCGAGGAGUUCCGACCAUGCUGGCAACCCACGGGGACCCCAAUAGAAAACACCCAAAUUGCCGAGGCCGACAGUGGGGUGGAGGCAGCUCCUGGCUCUCCGACCCCAGAAGACCAUUUCGUCCCCUCCUCAUCCCAUCUCCGUUCUCUCCUCCAAAGCAGGGUAGGGUCGCGUGCCUUUUUUUUGGCCGUAACCCCCGACGUGAAGCACCUCCGCCCCCCGCUGACUCCCUGUGCACACCAAGUAUGGGAUCCCCAAAAAUUGCCUGCGAGAAACAACCACGUCCUGGGGACAAGCUCCCACCACGGGUUACCUCCACCCCGGGGAGGCUGGGACAUGCAGAAACGGGGGCACAAGGAGCAAGGGGUGCCCCCACCAGCAAAAAAAAACACCCAGCAAGGCUACAGCCCCCGGCCCCAUGCACCGCUGUUGUCACCAUCCCACGAGCGUGGUGGCCCUGGUGGGGACGUCCCCAUUGGAAACAGCGCAGAGACUUGUGAAAUUCCCUUCAAAGAAACAAAGUAAGUAUUUAUUUCUAUAAAAAAAAACAAAGAAGGAAAAAAAAAAAAAAGAGAUUUUAAAGGAAAAUUAUAUACUCAGCAUGUUUAUACACUCUAUGCUUAAAGACUAUCGUGUCGGAGAGUCGUGGCCCAAGGCUGAAGGUGGCUGCCCCGGGUGUGCUGCUGGUCCCUGCUGGCUCCUGGAGGCUGCGAGGAAGGCGAGGAUGGGGUUGGGGAGAGGCUGGGGAGGUGUUGAGGACUUGGAGAAACCUUCGGUGCCCACCAGAGUGGCUGCUGGUGUUGUCGGUGCACAUUUUGGCUUGUGGACAUGGUGGUGUGGGGCAUCGGUGGGUGGUUCGGCUUUGUGUGACGUCCCCGUCCCCCAGCCCCAUGAGGGUUUUGUCACAUAGGACAGCCUCAUCCCAAAUCGGUGUUUCGGUGCGUCGCCAAGACCAGACCAAACCAACUGCCUCCCCCUGGGGCAUUCCCAAAAAGUCCAACUUCUGGCUUGGCAAAGCCCCGUUUUUACAAAAACCCGUGACGACACAAGGCCUUGAGCGGGUUCAAGGCUCUGAAGAUGGAACAUGAGGGUUUUUUCCCCCCAUUUUUCUCACUGCCUGGGCUUGGACACAUCCCCUCCUCUUCCUCCUCUUCCUCAGCCAGGGAUGAAGGCAUCUGACACGGUGACGUGGGCUUGGUGGUAAUGAGAGCCCUGCAUCUCCCCAGCCUUCCCGGGGGCUCUUAAUUGCCGAGGUUGUUAAUGGCAACGAGCUCAUUAACGGUGUCUCAGUGUUGGUUUCCCUGCUGGCUCCCAGUCCCAUGGGCACGGUGCCACUGGGUGCCCCACAGCCCCCAUCGCCCACCCUCUUCCCCCCCCCCCAUGGGUGCUCAGCAACGCUGCCCGUGGCCGCAGGCUUCUCCGCUCGGUCAUGGGGCUUCAGCCCUGUUCCCUCUGGAAACGAUGAAGACCAAAAAUCCCAAAUCCCCCAGGAGCACCCUGAAAUCAUGCAGCGCUUUAGGGUGCCGGGAGGGAAGGCACUGCUGUAGCGUGAGCUCAACCCCAUACCAGACCCUAGAGAAGCCCCACUGGGGCUCUGCGAUGACAAUCCCCAGCACAAUCCAGGGGGUCCAGGGCGAGCAGCUUUCUUUUGGGGUUGUGGUGGCUUCCCACAGGACCAGUUUUGGGGGAUUUCUUUCUUUUCUAGCGAGCUUGCCCAAAGUUGUCCCAUGGCCAACGUUAGCCGCAUUCCCCUUCUCUUGAACCUCGGUGCUGGGCAGGGGCAUCAAGAGGAAUAACACCAGCAAAAGCCAGCUCGGGGGCCAAAUUCACCCCAAAUCCAUGUUUUUUCUGCCUCCCUCCCUCAUCCAUUGGGUUUUGCUCUGCAUCCAUCGCUCGCACCCAGGGCAGCGGCUGCUCCCCUGAAGCUGGGCUCAGGGCUCGUGGCUCCAGGAGAGGAGAAAAGCCCCGCGUCGGCUCCGUCCGAGGAGGAUUUAAAUUUGAUAAGACAAGCAAGGCGGAUGGCAAGGGAAAAAUAUCCCAAAUGUCGCCACGGGUCACAGCCCUGGCUGCUGCCCAAGGCACGGGCAAGGCCAGGUCUUACGCAGCCGAAAGGCUCUGAAUUAGGUUGAAACAAACAAAAAAACAAACAAAAUAUAUGAAAAAUGUUGAUAAAGGCUCUUAGGCUCAUCUCAAAGCAGGCAACGAGUGAUUUCCCUCAGCUCUAAGAGGAGCCGCGACGAAGCCAGCCCCUGCUGGGAGCUGGCACAUGGCUCCAGCCUCUCGUUUUGGGUUGAAAACCUGCAGGUUCGGGUGGAGCAACAGCGUUUGGGAAUCGGUGCCAAAUGACAACAUGCUUUAAAAAAAAAAUAAAAUAAAAAACGGGGAGCAGGGUGAUUUUAGCAGCUGGAAAUGGUUUGUCGCAACCAAAGUGUGGCGGGGCGGUGGCGCAGGCCGUCCCCACCAGCGGGAGGAAAAGCUGCUGCAAACCCCUCCCUGCCGCACAGCAGCGAGGGGAAAACUGCCUGAAAGCAGGAAAA